AUGAGCCAACUAAUUAUUGGAUUGGCGAUUAGCAAUGUAUUUUGCUUAGUGGCAGCAUGCCUAAUAGCGUAUCAGGUUAUACGACAUCCAAAAAAAAUACGUGUCUUCAUCGCGAUCUUCAGUAUAUUUACGAUUCCUGGAAGCAUAGUCAAUACGCUGGCGUAUUUGAAAGUAACGACGGAUCAGUGGAAUUCAUUCGUUUACCUAUUCUCGACAAUGUUGAUGCUCACAAUGCACUGCUGGAUGGUUGCUGAUAUUGGUCGACAUACUCAUAUUCAUGGCUUUAACUGGUGGAGUCCACUGAUGACAGUUGGAAAUAUUACUCUUUUCACUGCAACUAUGGGUAUAAUUUGCCAAAUUGCAGUCCUUUUUGCUAGAAAUGAAUCAUUCCCUCUCAGACCCGUGUUCAUGGUCUGUCUCACGCUUUCAAUAAUUAGCAGCUUCUCGACCUUUGUCUACACAUUUACACCUCUAUUAUAUUGGAAAGAGAAUCGAGUUACCGAGAGUCAUUCGAGAACAACAGCUGUUGGCACUUGGUACAUGUCUAUACAAGGAUCAUGGUAUAUAUUUUAUGGAAUUCUCUACGUCUGGUUUUUUGCUUGCAAUGACAAUGAAAUGUUCUCGACAAUGCUCUUGUUCGAUUACAACAUGCGAUUUAUCCUCUGCUUUAUGCACACUUGGUCACCCCCCGAGUAUAUCAUCAGUCUAUUCACAGUGCGCUUUUUCACACUCUCAUCCCCAAGACAUCACUGUUUUGUCGAUUCCGAAAACACUCUUUCCGGAGAAGAAUCGCAAAACAACUAUCUAAAACCCAAGACAAAUAAUCUGCAGGAGAACCCAAGGGACUCGGAUGGGUGUUAUGCCAAAGAUCAGUCUUUUAAAGAUAACCAGAUCUAA